AUGUCACGUGUCGAAGACGAGAUUGCCGAAGACGAGGAGGAGUGGGAAGACGAGGAAGAAGGCGAAGAAGAAUCUGAAGCCCCAGAGCCAGUAAAGAAGGAAGAACCCAAGCCAGCCGCUCCUGAACCAGCCAAGGAAGAGCCAGCUGUAAGUCUUUCUAUGGUGCUAUAUUAUAGUGCUCGCUUGUAUAUAACACCUUCCAACAUGAUUUUUUAAACAGUAUAACUUAUAAUAUAACUUCUGUUUAACCAGCCAAAAAUAAUUUUUAAAAAUAUAUCAAAAUAUUGAUUUCAGAGCAACGGUGACGCCGUCGCCAAGCCAGAAAGCCCCAAGGCCGACGAGCUUAAAUCGCCUGGAAUCGGAGCCGGCCUCAAGAGUCCUACUCCAUCAGCUCAAGUCAACUAUGUCCCAUCUAUCCCCAAGUCCGUGCAACGCCGUCAAGAGUUGUACUCUGGUGGUAAACCAUCCAAGUUCGACAAGGCUAAGUUGAUGAAAUCCGAGGGAAUCAUCCCAAUUCAAGCCGGAUCCAACAAGUAUGCCUCCCAGAAGGGAAUGACUGGUAAGACUACUAGAAAUGUUUUUUGAAUUCAAUUUUUACACAAAAAUUUUAAAAUUUUGAAUUUUUAGUUAUUAAAAUUUUUUUAAUUAUUGUUUUUCAAAGUUUUCGCUAUUUUUAACUUUCUUGUUACCGUUCACCCAUUCCAGGAUUUGGUGUACCUCGUGACGUCAUCGACAAGGUCAAGUCCGAAAACUUGAAGGAAAUCACCGACGAAGCCAAGAUCGCCUCUCUGAAGAGCUCCACCUGGCUCCAGUCCGGUACCAACAAGUUCGCCUCACAGAAGGGACAAACCGGCUUCGGUUGUCCUCGUGACGUCAACUACCGCCCCAAAGGUACCGGUGGUGCUAGCGAGGUGCCCGAAGAGAAGGCUCGCCUCACCGACGGUAUCGUGCCCCUCCAGUCCGGUACCAACAAACUGGCUUCCCAGGCCGGUAUGACCGGUAUCGGUAUGCCACGUAUCGUCGACGUGCGCAAGACCGACGACCAGAACCGUGACUCUCAGGGCUUCAUCCAUCUGCAAAUGGGAACCAACAGAUUCGCCAACCAGUCCGGUAUGACCGGUUUCGGUAUGCCUCGCCACAACAUCACCAAGUACAAGGAUGAGGUGCGCGGAGAAAUGCCCCAUGAUGAAUCCAGCACCUCCAGACAGACCUCCGGAUGGAGAGAGGGUAAGAUAUAAGUUUAUAAUGUUUGAGUUUUUGUGUUAGUAUUGGCAAACGUUUUGUCGUUUUUUAUUUUGUAAAACAUACGAUUUGACGACAAGACUUUUUGUGCUACCCUUAUCACUAAGAAAGGGGUUAGUUAAGAUCAUGGAUAGAUAUUAAAGUACGGAGAAGCUAUUUUAGUAAUAUUAUACUCAAACAAAACCUUUAACGAUCAUUCCAGGAGCUUCCCAAGCCGGUAUGACCGGAUUCGGUGCCUUCCGUAACAACACCAUCUUCCUGCUCCAGAACCAAGACCAACGCUCCCAAGGCAUGAUCCCCUACCAGAUGGGUGUCAACUUCCUCGACUCCCAAUCCGGCAAGACCGCCUUCGGUAUGCCCCGCCGCACAUUCACUGCCUUCGUGGACGACUCGCACGAGGACCUGCCCGCUGACAUUGCCAGACGACCAGAGGUACCAUUCUGGUCGGGUCAAGAGGACUCGUUUGCUAACCAGACCGGUAUGACCUCGUUCGGUACCCCACGUGACGUGCGCGGCGAGUACGUGCGAAGAAUGUGGUAA